AUGUGACCCUGCACGCUCGCCUCAAAGUCAGGGGCUUGCUGCCUGAUCGAUGGCCCACGGGCCCACGUGUCCGCGCAGCGCCCGCCCAGCCCCUCGCUGAUUGGCUGCACCCCCGUCUCCCUCGGUGCCGACGCGACGCGACGCGACGUCUGAGGAGCGGGUCCCGCAGACUCCGCGCUUCGGUGACCCGCUCCGCGUCAUGGCGUCCCAGGGUCGUGGGCGGAGGCCGCCGCGGAAGCCCGAGACGGUGGUGCCGGGGGAGGCGGCCGAGACGGACUCGGAGCUGUCUGCGUCCUCGUCGGAGGAGGAAGAGUUGUACCUGGGCCCCUCGGGCCCGACGCGCGGCCGCCCCACCGGGUUGCGGGUGUCCGGGGAGGCCGCGGAGACCGACUCGGAGCCCGAGCCCGAGCCGGAGCCGCGGGCUGCGCCGAGGGACCUGCCUCCGCUCGUCGUGCAGCGGGAAACAGCGGGGGAGGCCUGGGGCGCGGAGGAGACGCCGGUGCCCGCCCCAGCGCGCUCGCUGCUCCAGCUCCGGCUGGCGGAGAGCCAGGCGCGGCUGGACCACGACGUGGCGGCCGCGGUGAGCGGCGUGUACCGCCGCGCGGGUCGCGAUGUGGCCGCCCUGGCCGGUCGGCUGGCAGCCGCCCAGGCGGCGGGGUUGGCGGCGGCCCACAGCGUGCGCCUGGCGCGAGGAGAUCUCUGCGCCCUGGCUGAGCGCCUGGACAUCGUGGCUGGCUGCCGCCUGCUGCCUGACAUCCGCGGCGUGCCGGGGACCGAGUCUCAGCAAGACCCAGGACCGCGGGCCUAGCCAGGACCCACUCCCCGCCUGACUCUGUGCCCCUGGGGGUACUUUGCAGCCUUUGGAUCCUGACUCUGUAGCGUAAAUAGCGCCCUUCCCUCUUUGCUGUCACCCAGAUUACCCAGCCCCCUGGAUAAUUAUGUGUGAGCAGGUGUCAGUGGGGGCUCGGAAAGGGGGGUGGCUUGGGUUUAACCUCUGGCCUUGCUCUGGCUUGUGCUAUCUCAGAGGCUUAGCCCUUGGGUAACUCCUCUCUCCUUGAGCUGUCUCCAUCCUGGGCCGCACCUUUAUUGCACUUUCCCUCUCUGAAUGUCUCCUCCUGGGCUCUGCUCUCAGGACCUGGUCACCACUCUUGCCAAGGAGCCCUGGGAUAUGGGUCAUAUUCCCUGCCUCCACUUGACUCCACCUCUGACCCUGGCUUCACUUCUGGGAUUGUGUUCCCCUAGGCUGGGUCUUUUUCUGCGCCCCCAGACAGGCCCCUGAUUACCUGUUCUACUCCUUGUUCUGCCUCUCCUGGCUCCAGCUCCCAGCUUAGCUCUACCCCCCCCACACACACACCUGACCUUUUCUGCAUCCAGCAGAACCUUUAGAAUUAGUUUUGCUUUUUUUGCUUUUCCCAUCCUGUUUAUACUACCUGUUUAUACUAGUGGGGCUUUGGAGACAUCCCCCGAGUUACUCCUGAGUGAGGCUCCCUCCUCACCCAAGGGGUCCUCCUCCCAACUCUCCAUUUCCAAGAUGUGUCCUCCGCACCCUUCAGACCAAGGUGGCACCUUAGGUCCAAGAUCCGGGCACCAGACAGGUCACUUACUGACUAAUGGUGUCAAGUGUCCGGCACUUAGGGCCAGACACAGCCACACCCCAUACCUUGGGUGCUUAUGGUACCCCUGUGCAUGUGAGGACCAUGGUGUGUUUGCUGAGUCAGCCCCUGGGUGCUAAGAUGGAUUGGAUUGCUGGCCCAGUGCAGGGUCCGGAGUUAGCAACUCUGCUCCUUUUCCCUCGCCCCCCUAGUCCAGCUCCAGCGUCCCCACCACUCAUCUCCGCCCAGAAGCUGAGCUCUGAGCCUCCAAGAUGGAGCAUGGGCAAAGGGCCCUUUAAACAGACUCUCAAACUCAGAACUUUUUCUGCACCAGUUGCUCUUGUCUCCCCACCUCAGUUGCAGUGGGGUGGGUUGGCGAGUUCUCUGGGAGUCCGGGGAGUGGGAUCUUAGUGCUCAGCUGUGAAGGUGAAGCUGUAGCCAGGACCCCUGGUUUUGCAUCCUGGCUCUGCGUGUAUUUGAACCUCAACCUCGUUAAUUCCACAAACGCUGAGCACCCAACCUCAGCCCUUGCAGAGUUCAGUCCAACGGGAGAGACAGACAUUAAUAAAGUAUUCUUUAUUAAUGAAUGGAUAAAUGGAUGGAGCUCAUCAUUAAAAUUUACAGUUUGGAUACUAUUUCUGGCAUUGCAUUCAUGCCGUGAAGUACAGGUGUUUGAGGAUGGUUUAAUUGAAAGCCGUCUGACAUUACUCAGGGUUUGAGGAGCACGACUUUCGUCCUAAAGAAGCGAUGGGUGGGUUUCAUCAGAGUCCUGAAAUGUAAUAGGUGAAACUGAAGGGGGUGGAAAAGAGUUGCAGGCAGGGGAACAGCAUAUGCAAAGUUUUCUCUGAAGGAAGCAAAACCUAUUUAACAGAAGACAGUGACAUCUGUUCUCUGCCUGCAGUAGACAGAGCUAUAGAGGUGGAGGGAGGUUAAGUGUUACCAGCAGGGGCCAGAUAGAGCUGCACUUUGAAGCCAGGUAGAGAUUCUUGGUCUUUACUGAACAGCAGCUAACUAAGCAAAGUAGCUGUUUUGUGGGCCGGGAGCCCAUGACCACAGGCCAGACUGGGGCUUGAAUUGCCCUUUGCACAGUGGUCCGGGAAACGUCAAGCAUAAACAUGAACGAGAGUAGCUCUGGCUGAAACCAAGGCAUGCACCCUCAAGGAGCCUCAGGCGGGAUUGCAGCGGAUUAAGAUCAAUCAGAUUUAUGCACAAUCCAAAGCACACCCGAGGGUAAAAUGAGAGAACUGAGUGAAGGAGCAGGACUCCCCUGAACUUCAAAAGGGGUUCGAAACAGCUGCACUUUGAGCCAGGCGGGCACAAGUCAAGAGUUGGUGGAAAGUUUGUUUAAGAAGUAGCUGAUCAGGCCUGCCUAGUGGCCUUGGGAUGAAGUCUCAGCUCUAUCACCCCUAUGGCCGGAGUUCAGUGCCGGGCCAGGGAGUGACCCACAGGGCGCAGCAGACCUCUCCUGUCCCACCCUCUGCUCC